AUGGCCGCCGUUCAAGAACCCAUCAUUCCCGAUAGCAAUGCGCUGCCGAGCGACAUGAGUGAAUCGACAGCUACACUGGUCGAUCCCGCCGCACAGGAACCAUCCAAACCCGAAGUCCCCAUGACUGCGGCCGAAAAGAAGAAGGCCAAGAAGAAGCAGAAGAAGCAACAGAAGCGCCAGGAGAGUAUCAGCUCUGUGGCUGCUGUGGAAGCUGAGAAGGUGGAGGAGGUGGUUCCUGAAACUAAAUCGACAGAGCCGGUGGAGGAACCUGUGGUGGAAACUCCCAAGGAGGCUGCCGAGGCAUUGGCUGAGGAGAAGUCUGCAGCUGAACCGGCUGCUGAAGUAUCUGAGACUGUUGAGAACACCGAGCCGGUUACGGAAGAAUCAAAGUCUGCCGAACCGGUACCGGAAACUAUCGCAGAGCCUGUUGAAGAAACCAAAGCGGAGGAGACCGUCCCUGAAGCUGCCGCGGAGCCAAUUGCCGAGGAGACCAAGGUCGAGGAGGUGGCUGAGCCAGUCAAAGAAGGAUCCAAGACCGAAGAUGUCGCGCCUGAACCUGCUGCAGAGCCGGUUGUUGAAGAAUCCAAGCCCGAGGAGGUGACUGAGUCCACCACCGAAGACAAGCCCGUCGAGGUCACCCCCGAGGCUGUCGCCGAGCCUACCAUCGAACAGACUCCCGCUGCUGAAGAGCCCAAGGCUGAGGAGGUGAGUGAAACCACCGAAGACAAGCCCGUCGAGCCCAUUUCCGAACUCGUUUCUGACCCUACCACCUUACAGACUCUCGCUGCUGAAGAGCCCAAGCCAGAGGAGGCUGCUGAGUCGACUACCGCGGACAAGCCCGUCAAGGAGACUCCCGCACCCGAGGAGCCCCAGACUGUAGAGGCUGUUCCUGUCACCCAGGAGACUCCUGCUGCUGAGGUUGCUGCCGAGGACUCCAAGGCCGCUGAAGAGCAGCCUGCCGUCGAAAAGGUCGUUGAGGCGGCUCCUGAGCCUGCUGCGGAGCCUGCAGUUGAAGAGACCCCAGCACUCGAAGCCGCAGUGGAGGAAUCAAAGCCCACCGAGGCCGUUUCUGAAACCGUCGCAGAGCCUAUCGUCGAGGAGACUGCCGCGGUUGAAGAAAGCAAGGCUGAGGAGACCGCUGAGCCUGUCACUGAGGAGAAGUCUGCCUCAGAAGAAAAGGCCGUCGAAGCUGUCCCCGAGGUCGCCUCAGAGCCUGUUGUCGAGGAGACUCCGACCGUCGAGGAGUCCAAGACUGAGCCAGCCAAAGCUAUCCCCGAAGUCGCCGCAGAGCCUGUUGUCGAGGAGACCCCGGCCGUCGAGGAGUCCAAGGCUGAGCCAGCCGUCGAGGAGGCCCCCGCUACCGAAGCCGCCCUGGAGGAGUCCAAGCCCGCCGAGAUUGUUCCCGCAAGCGCCGCAGCGGCUGUCGUCGAGCAAACCCCGGCCGUUGAGGAGCCUUCGGCUGUCGCAGAAACGGCGCCUGAGCCUGCCGUCGAGGAGUCUGCCGCGGCCGAAGAAAGCAAGGCUGAGGAGACCGCUGAGCCUGCCACUGAGGAGAAAUCUGCCUCGGAAGAAAAGGCCGUCGAAGGUGUCCCCGAAGUCGCCGCAGAGCCUGUUGUCGAGGAGACUCCGGCCGUCGCAGAGUCCAAGACUGAGCCUGUUGUCGAGGAGGUCACCGCCACCGAAGCCGCCCUGGAGGAUUCCAAGCCUGCCGAGAUUGUUCCCGCAAGCGCCGCAGCGGUUGUCGUCGAGCAAACCCCGGCCGUCGAGGAGCCUUCGGCUGUCGCAGAAACCGCGCCUGAGCCUGUUGUCAAGGAGGCCCCCGCCACCGAUGCCGCCCUGGAGGAAUCCAAGCCCACCGAAGAAGUGGCCGAGCCCACCAAGGAGCCAGUGACCGAGAAGGCAGUCGAGGAGCCUGCUGUGGAGGCCGAACCCGAGAACAGCGCCGACACCACCGCAGCUGUUCCCGAGGAGCCUGUCACUGAAGCCGCUACCGCCGAGCCAACUGCCGAGGAGGUCGUUGAGGCCAAGGAGGAAGUCGUUCCCGCACCCGCUGUGGAAGCCCCUGCUGAGCAGCCUGCCACCGAGGAAUCGAUUUCCGAGCCAGUCAAGGAGGCUGAAGCUGCCGAGCCGGUCGCUGAGCAGACUGUCGAAGCUGCUACGGAGUCCGUUGAGGCUGCUGCCACUGAGGCUGCUGUCACCGAGCCUGCUGUCACCGAGCCUGCUGUCACCGAGCCUGCUGUCACCGAGCCUGCUGUCACCGAGCCUGCUGCCACUGAGUCUGUCCCCGCCGUCGCCGAGGAAACUGUCGCUGAAAAGACCGAGUCUACUGAGACCGAACCUGUCCAGGAGACCACCGAACAGGUUACCGCAGAGGAACCCGUGGUUGAGGAGCCUGUGGCUGAAAUUGCCAAGGACUCGACUGCUGAGGAGGCACCUGUUGUCUCUGAGGCCGCUGAAGCUGCUCCUGCUGCGGCUGUGGUUGAGGCCGUCGAGAAGGCUAUCCCCGUUGAAUCUGCCGAGGAAGUUGUUGAGAAGCCUGAGGCCACCAAGGGGGAGGAAGUGACUGAGCAAGCCGUCGAGAAGCCUGAAGCCACCAAGGAGGAGGAGGUGACUGAGCAAGUCGUCGAGGAGCCUGUCGUUGAGAAGACUGUUGAGGAGCCCGUUGCUGAGACUUCUGUCCCAGAGCCGGCUGCGGAGGUCGCCCCCGCCCCCGUCGCUGAAGAGACUUCUGCCAAGGAGAUUGUUGCUGAGGAGCCUGUUGAGGCUUCCACCGAGACUCCCGCUGUUGCAGCUGACGAGCCUGUCGAGAAGGCUGAGGAGAAGCAGCCUGAAAUUGAAGCAGUUGCUGAACCAGCCGUCGAAGAGACUCCUGUUGCCGUCGAAGAGCCCGUGUCUCAGGAAGUGCCAUCUGCUGAAGAAAAGGUGGCCGAGGAGCCUAUCGUUAUGGCUGAGGCUGUUGAGACUGCUGUUGUUCCUGAGACCGUCGAUCCUGUCGCUGAGCCCACAGCUGAGCCAUCUGUCACCGAAAAGAAGGUGGCUGAAGAGCCUGUAGUCGAGACUGUUGAGGAUGUUGCUGCUCCUGAGCCCGCUGCUGCUGAGCCUGCCGCUGCCGAAGAGAAGGUCGCUGAUGAGCCAGUUGCCGUUGUUGAGGCUGUCGAGGCUACGGUUGCGCCUGUCGUCGAACAGACUCCUGAGGCGGCGCCGGUUGUGGAGGAGCCUGUUGUUGAGGAAGCUGCUGUCGAGGCACCUGUCGCUGUCGAUGCACCUGUCGCUGUCGAGGCACCUGUCGCUGCGGAGCCAGUGAAGGCUCAAGAGCCCGUUGAAGCGGUCAUCCCAGUAGGGGAGUCCGCCAACAAGGAGGUUGAGCCAGAGACCCAACAGGAAGAGACUGCUGCUGCACCUUCUCAUGAUGCUUCUGCCAAAGAAGAUGGCGGCAGUGCCGAGCUUGUCGAGGCCGGCGCCGCUGCCGCUGCAGCCACCGUGCUCGCCGGUGCCGGCGUGGCUGCCGUUGCUGCUCACCAGGAUUCUGAGACUGCAGCCGAAUACUCGAAAGAUCAGAAGGAUCUCAAGGCCGAGGCCCAGCCCGAAGUCUCCACAGCAGAAUCCCAGCCCGCAGACGGUAAGCCAGCACCGUUCUAUCUCUCCAACCAGCAAUCUGUCAUGUCGAUCGAAACUGAUCCUGUUCUUGCAGCGCUUGCAGGGGAUCGCGAAGCUCUGCUCAGCAAGCUGAACCAGCCAUCCACAGACCAGCUGGCCGCAUCCAGCCAGCAACCGUCGGUCGAGGCCGUCGAGCCCACCAAACCCACCGAAACCAGCGAGGGAACCACCGAGGGAACCACCGAGUCCGCUGCCAAGGCAUCAGACACCAAGCCUGCUGCCGACAAUAGCCUUGCGCCCAAGCAGAAUGAUGAGGAUUCUCGUCCUACGAGUCAGAAUCGGUCAGUUACAGCUGUUUCUCUAAAUGGUGCAACAGACAACUGGCUCAAAGCAAUCCUGCGCACCGUGUUUGUCAAUUUCUUUGGAGCCAUCUUUUCACCUUUCCGCCGUAACAAGGCCCCCAAAUAG